GGGAAACUUCUAGAAGUGAGACUCUGUUCAUAAUAGAGAUUAAACCAGAAGGAGGCUUAUUGAAUAAAGUGGGAUCCAACAAGAAUGUAAGACAGAGUGCAAUCACUUGUGAUAAAUCCAUCAUAAAGGAAAUCAAAGGCUGAACCACCUGCCAUUUUGGAGACAUUUGACAAUAAGUAGCCUAAGAAAUAAUACCAAAUUGAAAUCACCAACCGUGGCAAUGGAAGAAAGUAAUGAACAUGAUCAACCUGUUUCAGCAGGGAGGCAAGAAAUGAGAAAAAGAAGGAAGCCUUCUCAACCAAUGAUAGACAAAUCCCAGCAAACAGAUAUCACUGAGAAAAAGAAAUACCUGACAGGUUCACAACUGGCUGCACCAAAAGCUGUCCUUAGCCAUAGUAAUAUACAUGAAAGCAAAGCAAAGCAUUCUACUAAAGAAUAUGAUAAAAUGAGAUUAUCUUCUCAGCUUCAACAAACCUGGCAGAGGAGAAAACAUGGACAAGAAGUAGCAGAUAAAUCCCAGCAGACAGAGGAAAUUAAAGGAGGGAAAAAAAAAGCCUCAAGAAGGAGGGAAGAAAUUCUACCACCACAAUCUAAACUUGAGGAACCUAAGGAAUCAAGUGGGGGAGGAGAAAUGAAGUCUGGUGAACCACUUGGAGAAGCCUUAGUUGAUGUUGGAGGGGCACCUCCUCCUGUCCCUGAAUCCGAUAUUGAGCAAAUUGCUCAUCCAUCUAAAGAACACGAAACUCCCUUAAACAGACGCCCGAGCUAUUCCCUGAUAAACAGAUCUCAGCAAACAAGUUGCACUGGAGAUUGGGGUCUUAUGGCCUACUAUGGCCUAUACAGAGAAAUGGUGGACAAGCAGACUGGAAUGAGUGACACAGAGCUAAUAGGAUUUCCUAGUGCUAGUAACAAAAAAGAUUCAUCAUCCCAGCCAAUGGAAGAUACUGAGGGACCUAAAGUAUCACCAAGGACAUCCCGAGGAAGUUCUGCUAGUAGAAAAAGUUUCUCUCCCUCCAAAAUCAUCUCUGCCCGGGGAAGUACUGAAGCUGCUAGCAGAGUUCUUUCUCCCCAGGUAAGUGCUAGGGCUAGCAAAACAUUCUCUGCCCGGGGAAGUGCUUCUGCUAGCAAAACUUUCUCUCCCUCAGGAAGUGCCAAAAUCAUCUCUGCCCAGGGAAGUGCUACUGCUAGUAAAACUUUCUCUCCCCAGGCUAGCAAAGCCUCAAUUAUUGAACCCCUUGAAGAAUCUGGCUCUGAGAUAGGUCUGAAAAGCCCCGAAAGGAUAAUAGAUGCUACCCCUGAAGUACCACCCAUUAUAAAAAGGGAGAAUGUUUCUAUAGAAGAGGUAGUUCAUGAAGAACAGCCUCCUCUUGCUGAACUUGAAUCUUCUGACAGAGAGGGCCCUAUUGAUCUAGAGUCUCCUUCUGUUGCUGAAAAAGAAUUUGCUCCUGAGGAAGAAGGUCCUCUUGAGGACAUAGAGUCUCCUGUUGAGGUAGAGGUUUCUCCCGUGGAAGAGGCUCUUGUUGAGGAGCUAGAGUUGCCCAUUGAAGAAGAGGUUUCUCCCAUGGAAGAGAUGCUCCAUGAGGAACCAGAGCCUCCUCCUACUGACAUGGAACUUUCUCCCAUGGAAGAAAGCCCACUUGAGGAACAAGAGCCUCCUGAUGAAGUGAAGUCUUCUCUUAUGGAAGAAGCUCCACUUGAUGAGGUAGAGGCUGCCCCUGUGGAAGAAGCUCCUCUUGAGGAAUUAGAGCCUUCUCCUGAUGAAGUGGAGCCUUCCCCUGUAGAAGAAGCACCUCUUGAGGAAUUAGAGCCUUCUCCUGAUGAAGUGGAGCCUUCCCCUGUAGAAGAAGCACCUCUUGAGGAAUUAGAGCCUUCUCCUGAUGAAGUGGAGCCUUCCCCUGUAGAAGAAGCACCUCUUGAGGAAUUAGAGCCUCCUCCUGAUGAAAUAGAGGCUGCCCCUGUGGAAGAAGCUCCUCUUGAGGAAUUAGAGCCUUCUCCUGAUGAAAUAGAGGCUGCCCCUGUGGAAGAAGCUCCUCUCGAGGAAUUAGAGCCUCUUCCUGAUGAAGCAGAGCUAUCUCCUGUAGAAGAAGCUCCUCUUGAGGAAUUAGAGCCUUCUCCUGAUGAAGUAGAGUCUUCCCCUGUAGAAGAAGCACCUUUUGAGGAAUUAGAGCCUCCUCCUGAUGAAGCAGAGCCAUCUCCUGUAGAAGAAGCACCUCUUGAGGAAUUAGAGCCUCCUCCUGAUGAAGCAGAGCCAUCUCCUGUAGAAGAAGCACCUCUUGAGGAAUUAGAGCCUUCUCCUGAUGAAGUAGAGCCUUCCCCUGUAGAAGAAGCACCUUUUGAGGAAUUAGAGCCUUCUCCUGAUGAAGUAGAGGCUUCCCCUGUGGAAGAAGCACCUCUUGAGGAGUUAGAGCCUCCUCCUGAUGAAGUAGAGUCUUCCCCUGUAGAAGAAACUCCUCUUGGGGAAUUAGAGCCUCCUCCUGAUGAAGAAAAGGCUGCCCCUGUGGAAGAAGCUCCUCUUGAGGAAUUAGAGCCUCCUCCUGAUGAAGCAGAGCCUUCCCUUGAGGAGGAAGUUCCUCUCCCUGAGGAAGAAGCUCCUCUUGAAGAACUGGAGUUUUCUCCUGUUGAAACCAAGGCUGCUCCUGAGGAAGAAGCUCCUGUUGAAGAACCAGAAUUUUCUUCGGUUCCCAUAGAGAAUCCUCCUGAGGAAGAAGCUCCUGUAAAUGAACCUGAACUUGUGUCUCCUCCUGCUGAAACAGAGAAUGUUCCCAUGGAAGAAACACCUUUGGAUGAAUUAGAGCACCCCCCUGCUGAGAUGAAGAGUACUCUUAUGGAAGAAGUCCCUCCUGAUUUACCUUCUUCUCCUCCUGUGGAACAAGAGGAUUCUACUGAAAUAGAGAUUCCUCCAAAAGAACCAGAGUCUACCCCUGUGGAACCAGAAGUUCCUGAAGCAGCUGAGUAAGAAAGAGUCCCCAAGAAGGAAUCUCAGUACCAAGUUAAAAUUUAAGCACAUGCCUUAGAAAAGGGUAGGGCUCUGAAAGUAGGAAGGGGGAUUGUCAAAGAAAAAGGAAACAUCACAGUUGGAGUACAUAUUGGAAAAAUGAAUAAUAAAAAAGGAAAGCGGUUUAAAAUUUCUUGUGUUAUUGCCGCUAAAAGAGGUUAGGAAAAUAUGGAAAAGUAUGGAGUAUGGAAAAGACCUAUUUUU